AUGAACUCUUCCUGCUGCCUGUUCUCUGCUUCUCCGAUGCUGCCUAACCUCUCAGAGCACCCUGCAGCCCCUUCGGCCAGCAACCGGAGUGGAGGUGGGUUCUGCGAGCAGGUCUUCAUCAAGCCGGAGGUCUUCCUGGCUCUGGGCAUCGUCAGCCUGAUGGAAAACAUCCUGGUAAUCCUGGCUGUGGUCAGGAACGGCAACCUGCACUCGCCCAUGUACUUCUUUCUCUGCAGCCUGGCUGCAGCCGACAUGCUGGUGAGCUUGUCCAACUCCCUAGAGACCAUCAUGAUCGCCAUUAUCAACAGCGACUCCCUGACCUUGGAGGACCAGUUCAUCCAGCACAUGGACAAUAUCUUCGACUCGAUGAUCUGCAUCUCCCUGGUGGCCUCCAUCUGCAACCUCCUGGCCAUCGCUGUGGACAGGUAUGUCACCAUCUUCUAUGCCCUACGUUACCACAGCAUCAUGACAGUGAGGAAGGCCCUCGCCUUGAUCGUGGCCAUCUGGGUUUGCUGUGGCAUCUGUGGUGUCAUGUUCAUCAUCUACUCGGAGAGCAAGAUGGUCAUCGUGUGUCUCGUCACCAUGUUCUUUGCCAUGGUGCUCCUCAUGGGCACCCUGUACAUCCACAUGUUCCUCUUUGCUAGGCUGCACGUCCAGCGCAUCGCGGCAUUGCCGCCUGCCCAUGGGGUGGCCCCACAGCAGCACUCGUGCAUGAAGGGGGCUGUCACCAUCACCAUCCUGCUAGGGGUGUUCAUCUUCUGCUGGGCACCUUUCUUCCUCCACCUGGUCCUCAUCAUCACCUGCCCCACCAACCCUUACUGCAUCUGCUACACGGCACAUUUCAACACCUACCUGGUCCUCAUCAUGUGCAACUCUGUCAUUGACCCCCUCAUCUACGCCUUCCGCAGCCUGGAGCUGCGCAACACUUUCAAGGAGAUUCUCUGUGGCUGCAAUGGCGUGAACUUGGGCUAG